AUGUGCUGGCCGCUGUGCCGGCCAGCCAGCGGCUUGGUGGCCGUUGUGCCAGUCGCUAGUGGCCUCCUGGCCGCUGUGUCGGCCGCUGUGCCGAAUGUUACUAUGCCGGACGCUGCUAUGCCGGACACUGCUGUGCCGAACGCUAGCCCUAGCUGUGUCGGAUGCCGCCAGCAGCUUGCUGACGGAUAUAUUAUUAUGGCUGAGCAGCAGACAGUAGCACUCCGUGGCUACAAGGUUAUUAGAGUUGUCAGAAAUACAUUUGUUCCUGAUGGCCACCGGGUAGCCUCUUAUAUUGCUAGUAAGUUUAAAAAGCAAAAAAGAUAUACAUGGGAAGAUGGCCAAGAAGAACAGUUUAAAGCUACAUGGAAUAGUUAUUGUGCUAAACUUUACAGAGACCUCAUGUAUUAUAUCAAGAAAAAGGGCACUAGGCCAGCGUAUGUUUCAGAGAUGACAUGGAGUGCAUGGACGACCACCUGGGCUGCAGAAAGAUGGCAAGAAAAUGCUGAAAAGGCUCGAUCUAAUAGAAAUACAGAGCCAGGUGGCCCAAGCACCGGAAUCGCCCGACAUACAUCAGGAUCGAAAUCUAUUGUUGAGCAUGCUAUGGAUUUGGAGCAUGAUCUUGCUUGGCAGCCCACAUGCAUGGAGGUAUUUCUGAAGACCCAUAAGAAGAAAGAUGGGUCAUUUAUCGAUUCUCGAUCUCGGGCCCUACACGAGCAAAUGACAGAAAGAGUGGCUCAAGCCUCUCAGCCACCAUCAGAGGGGGAGGAGUGA